AUAUUGAAGGAAGGAAGGAAGGAAUGUUUGUGUCGACUUGUAUCUCUUGUUGGAAAGCAACCCUAGUAACAUAUGUUACUAAGGAAUACAGAUAGCGUACAUACAAGUACAUACGCCGGUUGGUAUUCGAUCAGCUGAUCAAACCUAACUACACCGAUACGCUCUCGCGCUCAAGUUUGUAGAUAAUCAAGAAAAGGUUAGGCCAUAAGAAAGAAAGAAAAAGAAAGAAAAGAUAAGUGGUGCCUUGGCCAAUCCAUUGUGUAUAGCAGGAUAAAAUAGUCACGUACACGUAUAUACAUUUUUCUAAAAUGAAUGAUUCCUUUUUGGAGGAUUUAGGGUUAGUACCAGAAGAAUCUAAGAAAACAUAUCAACCAGCAGAUUGCUAUAUAACCACCAGGCAUGCUACUUCAUCUCCACUACUUAAAUUUUCUGAACAUGAUGAGAGGAAUAACAUCAUGCGAUCACAGAAAGUACGUUCCAUAACAGUCUCAAAUAUGCCUAACACAAAGAUCACAGGUGGCAAAAAUCUCCCCUCUAAAGACUCCAAGAAACUAUCUGAUCAAAAUAUGAAAAAACAUUCCAUGAAGGUGAAAGUAUCUGAAAAAAAUGAAAGCAAGACAAGGCCUAUGCAUGUUAAAAUAAAAAUGGACAAUAACCAACAGCACAGUGUCAGUGGGGAAACUAAAAUAAAGUUACAGGAGACUAAGCAUCUCAAGCUAUCUGAAAACAAAACAAUAAGCAAGGAAUAUAAUCGGCGCUCUGGAUCAUAUAAAGAAACCACUCAUCCUCUAGGUAUUCUUACAAAGGAAAAUAAAUGUUCCACUGAUUACUCUAACAAUUAUUCCUCGGAUACUUCCAGUAAAGACAAUAGUCGUCCUUCAGACUCUUCCAAAGAAAGUGGUCCUCAAGAUACAGUUAAGGAGAAAGAAGAGAAGGAAUAUAAUCGGUGUUCUGGAUCAGAUAAAGAAAUCACUCACCCCCUAAGUAUUCUUACAAAAGAAAAUAAAUGUUUCCCUGAUUCCUCUAACAAUCAUUCCUCGGAUACUUCCAGUAAGGACAAUAGUCGUCCCUCAGACUUUUCCAAAGAAAGUGAUCCUCAAGACAUAGCUAAGGAGAAAGAAGAGUUGCCAGUUAAUCAGAGAAAAUCUGGUUAUAAUAUACAAAACCAAGAUCCAGUUGUUUUACUUACUGCUAUCAAAGAAUUGAUCAGCACAUAUACCAAGCAGGAGAGUACAAAGAUUCUGCGCAUUAUGCAGGAGUUACAUAUAAAUUCCCAAGCAACAUUAAUAAAAAAUCUCUUAAAUCAGACAGAUGACUUGAUCAAAGAAAUGCAUCCCAGCAAGGAUUCCACCAGAUUGAGAAUGCUGAUUGAGGAAAACGAACGUUUGCAGCAAGAAUUGAUUGCUUUGAAAGCACAAAAUGAUUAUCUACAAAGUAAGUUAGAAGAGUGCAAGUUCUUGAAGCAAGAAAACGCAGCUUUGAGACUAAAAUAUGACGAGCAAAGGCAAACUUAACAUGUAAAUGAUAAUGUUCUUCCAUAAUUUAAGUAUUAAUAGAUUAUAGUAUAUCAAUGCACAAGAGCUUUGAUUAAAAUCUAACAUCGUUCGCGCCAUCGUUGAAAUCAUUUAUUUUUGUACUAAAAUGUGCCUAUAUACUAACUAAGAUAUAAUGCUACUUUAAAGUUACACAAAAGUCUGUUGAAUACUCUCUAUUAUAAAAUUUUUAAUAAACAAGUUUAUACAUAUAUUUGCUUAUAAAAAUA